CAUUGGAAAUAUUACUCAGUUAUGUGAUUUCAGCUAUAUAUAAUUGGCUGAGAUGCUGUAGGCAAUCAGUCUCAGUGAAUCUUUUAAAUCGUGAUUAUCAACAUCUAAGUUUUUCUAGUAUCUGUCAACUAUGGCUCUGUUAGCGCUCUUCCUGCUGUCAAUCGUUGUAUGUGCUGCUUCUGCUGCGGAGGAGCCCUGUCCAGUGAUUUGUACCUUGGAUUACACGCCAGUCUGUGCUACAGAUGGGGGUGAAACAAGGACCUUCUCAAACGCUUGUGCUCUAAGAGCAGAGAAUUGCCUUCAACGAAAGAACUUCCGAAAGCUUAAUGAUGGCGAAUGUCCAAAAUGAGGACAAUCUUCAGUAAACUAUGCGAAUGUGAUAAUGCAGAAAAUAUAACAAAGAAUUGAAAAUAAAAUAUAUGAGCGAUAAAUGUCAAA